AUGUGUCGUUGGUUUGCGUAUAUUGGUGUCGAACCAACUCUUCUGGAAGAUGUUCUAAUCAAACCGAAGCAUUCGAUCGUUAAACAAAUCGAUGUGCAUUUUCUUCCAAAUCUCCAUAUAACUUACAAUCCAGAUCUCGGUCGAAAUACAAUCAGUUCGGGUGAAGCAUCGGAUACCCAAGGUCCAAACCAUUUUACUAAUGUCGACGGAUUUGGUGUCGGUUAUUACACAGGUGUCGCUGCUGAAUUCAACGAAAAUCACAUCAACCUUCCUUGUGUUUAUAGAAACACUCGUCCACCGCUGAAUGACCUCAAUCUGUUGUCUCUCUGUGCUCACACAUCGACCACAUGUGUAUUUGCACACCUUCGUGCUGGCUCAAGUCGUUCGGCAACUGUGGAAACCAACAACCAUCCAUUCAUUUUCGGUCGAUACAUGUUCAUGCACAAUGGUUUCGUCGGAAAUUUUUCGAAAAUUAAAAUCCCAUUAUUGAAAAAACUAUCGAUUGCUUCCUAUGAGAACAUUUUUGGAACGACCGACACAGAACACGUUGCCGCUCUGUUCUUUACUCAUUUAGGCGAUGAUUGGAGUAUCGAAUAUUCGAUGGAAAAUCUGAAAAAAGCAAUGGUAAAUACUAUUCGAGAUCUGGUGACAUUGGUGCAAGACAUGAACAUCGACGUUCCGCAUAGUUUCCUCAAUUUUGCUGUUACGGAUAGUUAUCAAUUACUUGCAACUCGUUAUUCGUCAAUGGAUGAGUUCGAACCACCUUCAUUGUAUUAUUCAACGACGGCUGGACCGACUCUGAAUCGAAAAUAUCCUGAUCAUCCAGAUGGUGAACAAGUUCAGAAGAAAACCAAGCGAGGGACACACGAACACGGAAAACAUGUUAUUGUCGCAAGUGAACCAAGCACUUACAAAGCAGCUGAAUGGCAUUUAGUUCCACGUAACUCAUUUGUUCUGGUUGAGAAAGAUUUGAAUGUUGACAUAGAACAAAUUCGUUUCUCCAUUUAA